AUGAUGAACGGCCACACCCUCGCCUACGACAGCGACAUCAGCAUCCUAGGGGUGCAGAUCGACAGCCACCUCACCUUCACAGACCACGUCAGGGGAAUGGCGAAGAAGGCGGCGAGAGAACUGGCAUGCAUCUGUCGCAUCGCGCCCCUCCUUGACGCCAAAGGCUGCUGCACGCUCUACUACAGCCGCAAUCAGGCACUGGUGAUACAAGCGUCGCAACAUUUUAAAAAUCUUCUGAACCCCAUGCCGUUAUUAAUACAAAAUUUUGCAAGGGGUGAUUCUAGAGUUCUGGACGAGCGAUCUGCUAAGCCAUCUGCCAGUCUUCCGAAAUUCAUUUGUUCCUCAGGGACGACUCCAAGAUAUUUUUAUUCCAAUGUUCAACAGACUGAGCAAGAGGCAGAGACUAUCUACACUGUUAAAAGCCUUCUGGAAAUCAAUAUUGCAGCAAAAUGCAUCUCUUCCUCCCUGAAGCGAUUUUUCAAGACAGUUAUCAGGACAGCUGAGUACAGUUUCCCAGCGCAGGAGAGCAGUGAAAUCCCACAUCCAGACUAUACCCCUGCCCAGAAUGUACCCGGUGUGACAGUCCAGACUAUACCCAUGCCCAGAAUGUACCCAUCCAGACUAUACCCCUGCCCAGAAUGUACCCAGUGUGACAGUCCAGACUUUACCCCUGCCCAGAAUGUACCCAGUGUGACAGUCCAGACUAUACCCCUGCCCAGAAUGUACCCGUCCAGACUAUACCCCUGCCCAGAAUAUACCCGGUGUGACAGUCCAGACUAUACCCCUGCCCAGAAUGUACCCAGUGUGACAGUCCAGACUAACCCCUGCCCAGAAUGUACCCGGUGUGGCAGCCCAGACUAUACCCCUGCCCAGAAUGUACCCGGUGUGACAGUCCAGACUAUACCCAUGCCCACAAUGUACCCGUCCAGACUAAUUUCUGCCCAGAAUAUACCCGGUGUGACAGCCCAGACUAAUUUCUGCCCAGAAUAUACCCGGUGUAACAGUCCAGACUAUAUCCCUGCCCAGAAUGUACCCAGUGUGACAGUCCAGACUAAACCCCUGCCCAGAAUGUACCCGGUGUGGCAGCCCAGACUAUACCCCUGCCCAGAAUGUACCCGGUGUGACAGUUCAGACUAUACCCCUGCCCAGAAUGUACCCAGUGUGACAGUCCAGACUAUACCCCUGCCCAGAAUGUACCCGAAUGUUCCCGGUGUGACAGUCCAGACUAUAUCCCUGCCCAGAAUGUACCCGGUGUGGCAGCCCAGACUAUACCCCUGCCCAGAAUGUACCCGGUGUGACUGUCCAGACUAUACCCCUGCCCAGAAUUGUGACAGUCCAGACUAUAUCCCCUGCCCAGAAUGUACCCGGUGUGACAGUCCAGACUAUACCCCUGCCCAGAAUAUACCCGGUGUGACAGUCCAGACUAUACCCCUGCCCAGAAAUACCCGGUGUGACAGUCCAGACUAUAUCCCUGCCCAGAAUGUACCCAGUGUGACAGUCCAGACUAUACCCCUGCCCACAAUAUACCCGUCCAGACUAUACCCCUGCCCAGAAUGUACCCAGUGUGACAGUCCAGACUAUACCCCUGCCCAGAAUGUACCCGGUGUGACAGUCCAGACUAUACCCCUGCCCAGAAUAUACCCGAAUGUACCCAGUGUGACAGUCCAGACUAACCCCUGCCCAGAAUAUACCCGGUGUGGCAGCCCAGACUAUACCCCUGCCCAGAAUGUACCCGAUGUGACAGUCCAGACUAUACCCCUGCCCACAAUGUACCCGGUGUGGCAGCCCAGACUAACCCCUGCCCACAAUAUACCCGGUGUGACAGUCCAGACUAAUUUCUGCCCAGAAUAUACCCGGUGUAACAGUCCAGACUAUGUCCCUGCCCAGAAUGUACCCAGUGUGACAGUCCAGACUAAACCCUGCCCAGAAUGUACCCAGUGUGACAGUCCAGACUAUACCCCUGCCCAGAAUGUACCCAAAUGUACCCGGUGUGACAGUCCAGACUAUACCCCUGCCCAGAAUGUACCCAGUGUGACAGUCCAGACUAUACCCCUGCCCAGAAUGUACCCGGUGUGGCAGCCCAGACUAUACCCCUGCCCAGAAUGUACCCGGUGUGACUGUCCAGACUAUACCCCUGCCCAGAAUGUACCCGAAUGUACCCAGUGUGACAGUCCAGACUAUACCCCUGCCCAGUAUGUACCCGGUGUGACAGUCCACACUAUACCCCUGCCCACAAUAUACCCGUCCAGACUAUACCCCUGCCCAGAAUGUUCCCGGUGUGACAGUCCAGACUAUACCCCUGCCCACAAUGUACCUGGUGUGACAGUCCAGACUAUACCCCUGCCCAGAAAUACCCGGUGUGACAGUCCAGCCUAUACCCCUGCCCAGAAUAUACCCGAAUGUACCCGUUGUGACAGUUCAGACUAUACCCCUGCCCAGAAUAUACCCGGUUUGACAGUCCAGACUAUACCCCUGCCCAGAAUGUACCUGUUCAGACUAUACCCCUGCCCAGAAUAUACCCGGUUUGACAGUCCAGACUAUACCACUGCCCAGAAUGUACCUGGUGUGACAGUCCAGACUAACCCCUGCCCAGAAUGUACCCGGUGUGGCAGCCAAGACUAUACCCCUGCCCAGAAUAUACCCGGUGUGGCAGCCCAGACUAACCCCUGCUCAAAAUAUAGCUGGGUUAUUUAG